AUGCAACAAAGCAAUAGCAAUUUCGAAUACGGUGGAGACGGAGACAUCAACCGCGAACACGCCGGAAGCGCAUUUCUUGCAUUUGCCAAUGUUGUCUGUGUCAUUGCUGGCACGGGUACUUUGGGCUUACCAGCCGCUCUGAGUCAAGGUGGCUGGAUUGGUCUCCUCAUUCUGUUUCUGGCGUGGACCAUGUCAACUUAUACCGGUAUCAUUUUGGUACGAUGUCUGUACGUACCUAAACAACGUCUCCACACCUACAAAGAUAUCGCCACCACAGCAUUCGGUGUGAUUGGCGGUUGGGUCACAUUCUUCUUCAACGCUUGGAUUCUUCUUGGUGCGCCCAUUCUAUACAUGGUGCUUUCCGGCCAGAAUCUCAGUCAACUUUGCAGAGGCACAGUUGGAGACAUUGGCGAUACAGCAUGGAUUAUCAUUUCUUGCGCCAUUGUCGCCGUCCCGUUUGUCAUUGUCAAAUCGAUGAAAGAAGUCGCCUUCAUGAGCGCUUUCGGCGCCUUGGCCACGCUUGUCGUCGUCCUCAUCGUUCUUGUGGUGGCAUGUAUCGACGAAAAGAACCAAGUCGAUGUUACGCAUUAUCCUGUUAUUUGGGAUCAAUUCCCUGUUGCUCUGUCCACGAUUUCAUUUUCUUUUGGUGGCAACGUCGUUUAUCCCCAUGUGGAAGCAUCCAUGAAAAAACCCAAGCAAUGGCCCAAGGUCGUGGCUGCCGGUCUGAGCGUUUGUGCUCUCAUGUAUUUCCUCAGUGCUGUCCCAGGUUACUACAUCUACGGCACCGAUGUCAAGUCCCCUGUGUAUAACUCUAUCCCUGAUGGUGUUCCCAAAAUCAUUUGCUUGGUCUUAAUGACAGUCCACGUAAUUACUGCGGCGCCCAUUCUUGUCACAUCGUUUGCGCUGGACGUUGAAGAAAUGCUGAAUAUCACCGUCGACCGUUUCGGCCGUAUCUGGGAAUUCGUAUUGCGCGCUAUGUUGCGACUAACCGUCAUGGUCGUCAUCGGUGUCGUCGCUUGCAAAGCACCAUACUUUGGCGAUCUUAUGUCGUUAAUUGGUGCCUUUGCUAACUGCGCACUGAUUUUUAUUUUCCCGGUCAUCUUUUACUUCCGUUUGACAGGUUUCAGAAACAAACCCUUUUACGAAAUCGCUUGGUGCGGACUUAUCGUUCUUCUCGGUCUUGUUGGUCUCAUUUUUGGUACCAUCGACGCCAUCAAGCUCCUCAUCAAAGAUUUCAAUUCUUAA